UUUUUAGAAUGUGAAAAUGACUGGUUAGAGUUUGGUGGACAUUGUUACACUCUACUUGAAAAGAAGUCGUCUUGGGCUGAAGCACGGAUGGAUUGUCAAAAAAUGUGUUCAUACUUGGUGGAAAUUGAGAGUACAAUGGAAGCUGAAUGGAUCUCUAAAACAUUUAUUGAUCAAGCAAACUGUGGACGAGACCCUUAUGCAUGUACAGCGUGGACGGGUUUAAAUGACCUACAUAUUGAAGGACAAUAUAGAUGGGACCAUUCGAAUACAUUUUUGAAUUUCUCCAACUGGUUUCCCGGCGAACCAAGUUUAGGGUCCCCAAGCAAUGCUUUUGAUAGGGACUGCAUUGAUAUGUUGAGGAAUGGUCUUUGGAAUGACCGACCAUGUUCUUAUCUUAAUUCGGUUAUAUGUGAAAAAUCCUUCAAAACCUGA